UACUGUUUAAAACACCUCGGUAGCUUGCUAGCCAACAUGCAACCGAAACAUUGAAGCUCUUUAGACCAUUUUUGUGAAUAUUAAUCUCGUUGUUUUAAAAACUAUUCUGUUGAGGUAUCUACUGGUUAACUUUAACGUAAUGUACUUGUUACAUUUGCAAACUUGUUCAGAUUGAUACUGAGCCUAGCACUAGGCUAGUCGCUAAUGCUAGCUAGCUAGCUAGCAUCCACAACCAUGAGCUCUCUAAGCUACUCGUCCCCAGCUAAAGAAGAGGCGAUAUGUUGGACGGAGAAAGAAUCUCUCGGRCUGAACGUUGUCAUAAAAGAAGAAGAGGAAGAUAUCUCAGUGAAAGUAGAGGAAGAAGCUUCCAGAAUUAAAAAGGAGGAAGAGGAGUCUAUCAGCAUCACAUUGAAAGAGGWAGAUGUUAUAGUGAAAGAAGAGAAAGAACCUUUUGGAGUGGAAGAAGAGGCUGUUAUAUUAAAAGAUGAGGAUGAUGUUACAGUGAAAGAAGAGAAAGAACCCAUUGUAGUGAAGGAGGAAGAAAUGAUAGAGGCUGUCACAGUGGAAGAGGAGGAGGGGAUAGAGGCUGUCACAGUGGAAGAGGAAGAGGAGAUAGAGGCUGUCACAGUGAAAGAGGAGGAGGGGAUAGAGGCUGUCACAGUGGAAGAGGAGGUAGAUGCUUCGAUAAUGAAAAAGGAGGAAGGGGCUUUCACAUUGAAAGAAGAAGAGGAUAUUAUAAUGAAAGAAGAGGAAGAACCUUUUAGAGUGAAAGAGGAAGAGGAGGCUAUCUCAGUAAAAGAGGAGGAAAACGGUUUGGGAGUGAAAGAGGAGGAGGAGGAGGAAGAGGAAGAGGAGACUGAAGAUCGGAUUAGCACCAGAGCGAGACCAGACUCUCACUCGGACAGCGGACAGAGUACUUCAGGGCACCCAGACCCAAAGAUGGCCAAACCAGCGAGACCACACCACUGCUCCCAUUUUAGGGUCCAUGAAAACGCAUGA